AUGGCGAUAGUGCGAGGCAGCAGCGCCGCCGAUGGCUUCGCCGUCGCUCCUGACCGUGCACCUGCGCGGCUGCGCGGGUCUGCUUCGCCGCCCGACGCCGCCUCGUCGGUUGCGAUCGAGGUGGAGGGAGGCGACGGGGUGGACCUCGCCCAGGUGGGCCUCGCGCUGGGGCUGGACCCGGACACUGUCGGCCUCAACGGCUACUUCCUAAGCUGCGGCUCCGGCUACGUUUCCUUGGCGGUCAGCUGGGGCGAGCUCCUCGCCUUCUUCGCCACGGGCGGGCAGCCCACGGGUGCCGACCCCGACGCGCCCGUCGCCGUUGACGGAGGGCCCGUACCUUCUCCGCCAGAGCCCAGAGUUGUUCUGUCCUCAAAGCGAAAGCCUGAGUUGGAGACCGAAAAUUGUUCCAAGAAAAGCAAGCUCCAACACAGCAGCUCAACUCAGUCACAAGCAGACGAAGAACUACUUCCUGAUGAUAUCACCCUUGGUUUGAAGAGAAGACUCACAUUGGACGAGGCUAGUCCAUCUAAGAAGAUUAAACAUGUAGACUCCGGUUCUUGUUUGGUUUAUUGCAUUGGUUGGUUAAUCAAUGGAGUAGAAGCACAGCAGCCAGUUACAUACUCUUGCAGCUUCGCCAGCAGUCACGACAAGCGGCCAACGGAUGAGGAGAUGGUCAUCUCAAUGUCGCGCAAGGGAGUCUGGUGA